AACUCAAAACGCCAGCUAACUAGAUUUAACGAAAGCAUUUGAGGUCCGGCUGCACUUUGUUGCAAUUUCCAACGACACACAACAAUAUAGGCGUUGUCUGAGACAGAAGGUAGAGAGAGAAACAAAAACAAAAACAAAAACAAAAACUUAGAGAGAGAGAGUGAAAGCUGGAGAGUGUAAGAGAAAGAAACAGAUAAGAAUUUAGAAAGAAAAUGGGAAGGUCUUCUUGUUUCAGAAUUGUAAUAACAUGUGCUGGUGAUUCCUCUGCUGAUGAUAGAGAUGACCAUCGUCCUCGUCAGAAAAAGAGACCAAAUGAUAAACGUGGAUGGAGUUUCCGGAAGAGGUCUACUCACCAUCGUGUUCUGAGCAACACUGUCAUUACAGAACCCCCUUAUUCUGCACACAGGGAGAGCUCAGAAUCUGCCAAUGUUGACUUUCAAUCACCAGAUACCACUAUCGUUCCAGAGAAAAUCUCUGUCAUACAAUGCACUGAUGAGAAGCUGCAGUUGCCACUUGCAGGUCCGGAAGUGUCUGAGACCAUUGUUGUCACCCAGGAUGAAAGCGAAGCUCAUGCCCAACUUGAAGAGUCUGUUGUUAUCGUCAUACAGACUGCUGUGAGAGGGUUUAUGGCUCAGAAAGAGCUCUACAAGCUCAAAAUGUUGGUUAAACUGCAAGCUGCUGUACGUGGACAUUUAGUUCGACAGCAUGCUGUUGGAACUCUACGAUGUGUACAAGCAAUUGUUAAAAUGCAGGCACUCGUUCGAGCUCGCAGUGCUCGUUUGUUGCAAGACAGGUCAGCUACAGAAAAAAAGAUAGACAGAAAGCAUGAGAAUGCUAUUUUAAAAACCUCGGGAGAGGAAAGCUCAACAACCAAACCAAAUGUAACAUACACUUCAAUUAAGAAGUUACUUAGCAAUAGAUUUGCUCGUCAGCUACUGGAAUCAACCCCAAAGGAGAGGCCUAUCCACAUCAAAUGUGAUCCUUUAAAACCAAAUUCUGCUUGGAACUGGUUAGAAAGGUGGAUGUCUUUUUCAUCAGCAGAACCAACACCACAACCAGAAUCGACAAAUGAGCAGCUUGAAAGGGAGAGGAAAAUUCAUUUGGCCUCUCUACUCGAAACUGUAGUUCCCUCGGAAGAUUCUUGUGAGUUGGGAGAUUCAGAGUCCAAUUUGAAGGAAGCUGUUCUACCAUCUGAAACCAAAGAAAAGCUGAUAAUUUACAAUGCAGAUAACUUUAAGUUUCAGGAGGGUCAUACAUCCGCUUCUUUAGUAGGAAAUGAUUUAGAGCAACCCCUGUCCGGGAAUAUUAGUAAAUCUUGUAUGGAAGAGCCCUCGGUAGACAAAGAUUAUCUUCCCUCGGUAGACAAAGAUUAUCUUCCAAGUCAAAUUAUGCAAUUUGGUGCAAAUUCUCUAAUGCAAUUGAGAGAGGAUUCGGAAGACACCAAUUCUCUUCCAAGUCAAACUAUACAAUCUGAUGUAGAUUCUCAAAUGAAUAUCAAUGUUCUUUCUCAUAAAGCAGAAAAUGAAGGCGAACCAACUCAUCAACCCAAACGUUCUAUGAAAAGGUAUGCCUCUGAAGAACUGGAGACGGAAGGUAAGAAGUUUGUAUAUGGGUCAAGAAAAGGUAGUAAUCCUUCAUUUGUCGCUGCCCAUUCCAAGUUCGAGGAGCUGACAAGUUCAAGUAAAUCACUCAGUUCAUCAUAUCAAGACGGUGGAUUUGAAUUGAAUGAGGACACAGUUUCAUCAGGGGACAAUACUGUAACAAGGACAAAGGAACUCAACAUGGUAGAAGAUGCAGUUCCUAAUCAAUUGAGGGCUCCAUAUGGUGGGUCUGAAUGCGGUACCGAACUUUCUGUUACUUCCACUCUUGAUUCACCUGAUGUAUAUGAAAUUGGAGCAGAAAAAGAUGAACAUGAAGCAAAAUCUUUAGAGAUAGAAAACUGCAACCCCGAAAAUAUAGAACAUGUUGACGAUAAGUCAAAGAGUGAGUCUACUGAUCCAGUAUCACCUAUUAUGAUUCAGCCUGAAAUCCUCGACAGCACUAGAGGUGAAUCUGUGGAUUCAGUUAUAGUUGCAGACUCCCCAAACAUUGAGAAAACGCCAGACAGAAGUGCUUCUGAUGUCCAAGUAGGACUGUACUCGGGGACAGGGGAUCCAGCAUAUAGAUCAUCUCCAGAAGUUUCUCCAAGAAGCCAUGUUACUGUUCCAGAAUCCCAAGGAACACCUUCUAGUCAAAUAUCUGUUAAAACAAAUUACAAAAAAACUGAUAGGAGUGCUUCCAGCCAUAAACGGAAGUCCUUUUCAGCAGGUAAGAGAUCGCCUUUGAACUCUAAUGCUGAUUCUGGUGCAAAAAGUAGCAUGGAACAAUUACCGAGAGAUCCAAAUAAUGGGAAGAGGCGCAAUUCUUUUGGUUCAACUAGACUUGAGGAGACUGAUAGCUCACCAAGACAAGAACCCAGGAAUAAUAGCAGUAGUAGUUCUGUGCCACAUUUCAUGCAAGCUACUCAAUCAGCUAGAGCCAAGAUCCAAGCAAAUAGCUCACCUAGAUCAAGCCCAGAUGCUCAGGAUAGAGAAUACAUCAAGAAGAGACAGUCCUUACCUGGCACAAAUGGGAGACAGGGUUCUCCACGCAUCCUGCGGUCAAUAUCUCAAGCACAGCCAGCUGUAAAGGGGAAUAGCAACCCCAUUGUUCACGAGAGAAAAUGGCAGCGAUGAAGAGACUUGCAAAUUUUAUGGCGUGUAGAAGAUAGUACAAUCAGGAAGGGAGUAAACUUGGAUGCUGACUGUUGAUCAAGUUUGAAAUUUGCUUUCACCUGGGAGGCAUUUAGUCAGAAUCUUGAGACAUAAGAGGAGAUAUAGAAGAGUAUAAGGAUUUGUUGUAUAUUAUAAAAAGUUGAUAAGAAUUUUAUAUCUCAAUAUUGGUGUGUUGAAAUAUUAGUUGUGUGAUAUUAUGGAAGAUUGUUAUCUGUUGUGAAAUGGAGAGCUCCUAAAUGCUGCCUCUGCUUUUGCCAGUAAAUUACUUGCACA